AUGUCCACCACCCAGAAGACCCAGAAGCCCAAGGCUGGCCGUUCCGCCAUUGCCGAUGUUGUCGCUCGCGAGUACACCAUCCACCUGCACAAGCGUGUUCACGGUGUUUCCUUCAAGAAGCGCGCUCCCCGCGCCAUCAAGGAGAUCAAGGCCUUCGCCGAGAACGCCAUGGGCACUCGCGACGUCCGCCUCGACCCCCAGUUGAACAAGAAGGUCUGGGAGUGUGGUGUUAAGGGUGUUCCUUUCCGCCUCCGCGUCCGCAUCUCGCGCAAGCGUAACGACGAGGAGGGCGCCAAGGAGAAGCUCUACUCCUACGUCCAGGCCGUCAACGUCAAGGACCCCAAGGGUCUCCAGACCACCGUUGUUGAGGACGCAUAA